ACAAACACCUUGUUUUUUUUAUUCUUCUUCCAAUCUCAAAAUGAGUUCACAAGUUGACUCCUUAUGGCUCUUUGCUUUAGCCUCAAAAUACAACCAACUAACUAUAACCAACCUAUUUUCCUCAUUUGUUCUCCUAACCCUAACAUGGCUAGCCAUGAGCCUAUUUUAUUGGGCCCACCAAGGGGGUCCAGCAUGGGGAAAGUACUCAUGGACCCACUUAUGUCAUUGGGCUAAAAAGCCCAUUCCAGGUCCAAAUGGUUGGCCUAUCCUCGGAAGCAUUAGCCUUAAAAUGGGCUUGGCCCAUCAAAAAAUCACCUUAAUGGCGGAGCAUUAUAAUUCUAAGAGGCUAAUGGCCUUUAGUGUCGGUAACACUCGUAUGAUUGUAACAUGUAAUCCCGAUGUUGCUAAAGAGAUUUUGAACAGUUCCGUCUUUGUUGACCGACCUGAUCAAGAAUCUGCAUACGGCUUAAUGUUCAAUAGAUCAAUCGGGUUUGCCCCAUAUGGGUCCUACUGGCGGACCCUCCGUCGGAUUGCUGGGACCCACAUGUUCAGCCCUAAACAAAUUAAAGCCUAUGAGGCCCAAAGAAAUGACAUACGUUGCCAAAUGAUUAAAACUAUAUGGGCCCAAAAUGGGCCAUUUCAUGCUAAAGAAGUUUUGAGAUGGGCUUCUUUAAGUAACAUGAUGGGCUCUGUUUUUGGAGAUAUAAAUAUAGAAAAUAAUGAGUUGAAAGAAAUGGUUGAAGAAGGGUAUGAUUUGCUUGGUAUACUUAAUUUAGGUGAUCAUCUUUCUUGGCUUUCUGAUUUUGACUUUCAAAAUAUCCGGUUUAGAUGCUCUCAACUUGUUCCUAAAGUCAACCGGUUCGUUGGCCGGAUAAUUGAAGAGCACCGGUCUGAACCGGUUCAUUUGAACCGGGACUUUGUUGACGUUUUGUUGUCUCUCCAACAAAAGGAUAAACUUUCGGAUUCUGAUAUCAUUGCUAUUCUUUGGGAAAUGAUAUUCAGGGGGACAGAUUCCAUAUCAGUAUUAAUCGAAUGGAUUCUUGCAAGAUUAGUCCUACACCCUAAUAUUCAAUCAAAACUUCAUCAAGAAUUAGACAAUGUCGUAGGGAGGACACGUGGCGUUACUGAAUCAGAUCUCCCAUCGCUCGUUUAUUUAACGGCUGUGAUUAAAGAAGUUCUCAGGCUUCACCCUCCGGGCCCACUUCUCUCAUGGUCACGUCUUUCUAUCGAGGAUACCACAAUUGAUGGGUAUCACGUGCCAGCAGGAACAACAGCUAGCGUUAACAUGUGGGCCAUUGCAAGAGACCCAAAUGUAUGGGCUAACCCACUUGAAUUUGAGCCGAAUAGGUUCAUGGGCUCGGAUCCUAAUUGUGAGUUCUCAGUUCUUGGGUCGGAUCUUCGGUUAGCUCCUUUCGGGUCGGGUAGACGGUCUUGCCCGGGUAAGGUAUUGGGCCUGACUACUGUGACAUAUUGGGUUGCAUCAUUGGUCCAUGAGUUUGAAUGGGUUACUUCUUCGGGUUUUAAGGUUGAUUUGUCUGAAGAGCUUAAACUAUCUUGUGAGAUGGCUCAACCUCUUAAGGUAGAAGUAAGGCCUAGAAGGGGAAUUAAUUUAAAUAUAUAGUUUCCUUAAUUAGGUGCAAAUUACAAUAUAGUACUAUAUACUAGUAUUAUUAAAAACAAAAUUAUAAUAAGAACAAGUAAUAUAAUUAGGGUUUUUAUAUGGAAGAAGAAAUAUAUACAAAAAGCAAUAUAAUGUAAUCAUUCUAUGUUUUGUGAUGGUGAAUAGUUCUUACUUAAAUGUAAUGUUCUUUUUUUUAUAGAAUAUAUAAGAUAAUAUUUUAUGGGGA